AUGGUGAACACAACAACCUCAGGUGCAGUUUCAACCUUUACAAAUUCGGAAGAUGAUCGUUUGGCUAUGAGAAGCAAAUCCAGAAUCUCUCAUACACAGAGAGAAGUGGCUUGGAAUGAACAUGCAGGAGGAAAUUUAUCAAAUACAACGACAUCUUCCGUGCAACCUGAAUCACCCAUAUCGGAAUCUUAUACAAGUGUAUUAUUUUCAUCAUCAAAAUUAAUGAAUGAAGAUCAACAACAACAAAAUUUACCUCCGUUAAGUCGUAUUUUGGAUCGCUUAUGGAAUUCUUCGGUGGUUUUUAAGGUUGGAUUUUUAUUGGCUGUUGUGAUUGUACAAAUCGUUUUUUAUCAAUUGUAUAUCAAAAAUACCUUAUCGAACCCAUCGAUCGAAUACAAAAGAAAGAGCUUUUAUAGACAUCUUACAAAGGAUACACUAACUCAAGAAAUGUUGUUAAAUAGUCCCAGCCGCUACUUUGUUUUUGGAAAUGCAGAAAAACGCCACAAAGAUUAUGACAUUGCAAAAUGUGUGAUUGAAUCCUUAAUGAAACAAUUUAAACUGACGACACUUGAAGCCAAAUAUUUUACAAGUUAUAACGAUUUUUCAAAUGGAGUUCGUGAAUUGAAAGACAAAUUUGGCUCCAAUUCAUUAAUGCGAUCCUUGUGGAAUGAAAAACAUGUUUCACCAUAUAUUGUCGUAGAAAAUAACUCUAAUUAUAUUGAAAUUGGGUCCAUGGACAAAGUGUGCAAAACUUUAUAA